AUGCCACUCUAUGCCAAGUUCUUAAAGGAGCUUAUAACCAAAAGGAGGAACUGGGAGGCAAAAGAAACCAUAGUGUUGACUGAGGAAUGCAGCGCCAUCAUACAGAAGAAGUUGCCUCAAAAGAUGAAAGACCCAGGGAGUUUUCAAAUACCCGGCAUCAUAGGGGAUAUCACUAUUGAGAAAGCUUUAUGUGAUUUGGGAGCUAGCAUGAAUCUUAUGUCCCUAACCAUGAUGAGAAGGAUGAAGAUUGAGGAAGCCAAGCCAACAAGGAUGGCACUCCAAUUGGCUGACAGAACAUUUAAGUUUCCACAUGGGGUGGUGGAAGACUUGCUAGUGAAAGUAGAGGAAUUCAUCUUCCCUGCUGAUUUCGUUGUGCUGGACAUGGAAGAAGAGGCCAACACGUCAAUUAUCCUAGUAAGACCAUUUCUAGCUACUGCUGGAGCCAUCAUUGAUGUAUAG